AUGAGUCCAGGUGAGGGCAGCGUGGAUCAGUUUUCUUUAUAUGUGUUAAUAAAAAAUGAAAAAAAAAUUUUUUUAAAGAGAGAAUGCAGAUACAGGCUCAGAAAAUGGCAGUGGCAGCCCCACCAUCUCUACACAACUUGCUCGCGCCCAUCCAGCACCCAUCAGACAUUCCAUGAAGCAUGCUUGCCCUCUCGGUCCCACGCAGCAGCUGCAGCAGCGCACCUAGCCGCGGAGCCGCUGCCGCCACCGCCGCCGCCUUCCCCGUUGCCGCCGCCUGCGACAGGACCUGAGCCGAGAGGACGCUGCGCGAGCCAUGGCUGCGGCCCCCGCGGGGGCGGAGACCCGGCAGAAGCUGCUGCGCACCGUGAAGAAGGAGCCGCGGUGGAGGCCUGCAUCCUGCAUGGGCUGAGGCGGCGGGCAGCUGGCUUCCUGCGCAGCAACAAGAUCGCGGCUCUCUUCAUGAAGGUGGGCAAGAGCUUUCCGCCGGCCGAGGAGCUGAGCCGCAAAGUCCAGGACCUGGAGCAGCUGAUCGAGAGCACCUGCCCCCAGCCUCUUGGCCAGCGCUUGUCCCAUCUCUGUGGGCCCCGCCUGGAUGAUGAUUGCUGCUGGUCAGUCCACGCUGGUAGUGGCCAGGGGGAGUCGGGCUGGGUCCCAGCCACCUCUGCCAUGUUGUCAUUUGAGUCUUGGUCCAAGGGAGAUGGAAGGAAGGUGCAAAUCGAUGCCCCAGCUGUCUACCUGAAACAGACAGUUGGCAGCCCUGUGGGUCCACUGGUGAAGUCUGCUGGGGUAGAGUCCUUUGUCCCAUCCAGACCACAGGGACAGAGGCUUAGGGGAGAGGUGACACCUCAGAGGAAAUCUGGGGUUCUGAUAAGAAGGGCGAUGCAGCUGUAUGGAAAUCACAGGAGGCCACUCUUGGGUCCUCUGAGAGAGUGGGUCGUGGUCCUCUUCAGCAAACCUGGGCCACGAGCACCUCAUGUGAGCAUCUUCCUUCCCCCCCACCCCCGCAGGGCUCCUCUGAAGCUGCUCUGUGACAACAUGAAGUACCAGAUCCUCUCCAGAGCCUUUUAUGGAUGGCUCGCCUACUGCAGACACCUGUCCACCGUGAGGACCCAUCUGUCAGCCCUGGUCAAUCACAUGAUCGUGUCUCCGGACUUGCCCUGUGAUGCUGGCCAGGGGCUGACAGCCAGGAUCUGGGAGCAGUACCUUCAGGACAGCACGAGUUACGAGGAGCAGGAGCUGCUGCGGCUCAUCUACUACGGAGGCAUCCAGCCUGAGAUCCGCAAGGCUGUGUGGCCCUUCCUCCUGGGCCACUAUCAGUUCGGGAUGACAGAAACGGACAGGAAGGAGGUGGAUGAGCAGAUCCAUGCCUGCUACGCACAGACCAUGUCGGAGUGGCUGGGAUGCGAGGCCAUCGUGCGGCAAAGGGAGCGGGAGUCCCACGCAGCCGCCCUGGCCAAAUGCUCAUCGGGGGCCAGCCUGGACAGCCACCUGCACCGGAUGAUGCACAGGGACUCCACCAUCAGCAAUGAGUCUUCCCAGAGCUGCAGUUCCGGCCGUCAGAACCUCCGCCUGCAGAGUGACUCCAGCAGCAGCACACAGGUGUUUGAGUCCGUGGAUGAGGCAGAGCAGGUGGAAGGAGAAGGCCGACUGGAGGAGAAACAGCCCAAGGUCCCCAACGGGAACCUAGAAAACGGCCCGUGCUCCCCGGACUCUGGCCAUCCAUCUUCCCACAACUUCUCCUCCGGCCUCUCAGAGCACUCGGAGCCCAGCCUCAGCACCGAAGACAGCGUCCUGGACGCCCAGCGGAGCGCGCCCCCGGCCCUUCCACCUGGGGACAGCAGCGUGGACGACGGGCAGAGCAGCGAGGCCACCACCUCAAGGGACGAAGCCCCUCGCGAGGAGCUGGCAGUGCAGGACCGACUGGAGAGCGACAGCCUGGCCAACGGGAGCCUAGACGAGUUCAUGUCCAUCGCCGGCAGCAUGGACGUGGCCCUGCCCGAGAAGGACGGUGCGGCAGGGGAGGGCUGGCGGGGCUGCGAGGCCGAGAAGCGCAGCCAGGCGGACAGUGAGGACAACCUCUCGGAGGAGCCCGAGAUGGAGAGCCUCUUCCCCGCUCUGGCUUCCCUGGUCGUGACCACUUCGGCCAACAAUGAGGCGUCCCCCGUGUCAUCCAGCGGCGUCACCUACUCCCCGGAGCUGCUGGACCUGUACACCGUGAAUCUGCACCGCAUCGAGAAGGACGUGCAGAGGUGUGACCGUAACUACUGGUACUUCACACCCGCCAACUUGGAGAAGCUGCGCAACAUCAUGUGCAGCUACAUCUGGCAGCACAUUGAGAUCGGCUAUGUCCAGGGCAUGUGUGACCUUCUGGCUCCGCUGCUGGUCAUCCUGGAUGAUGAGGCCCUGGCCUUCAGCUGCUUCACAGAGCUCAUGAAGAGGAUGAACCAGAAUUUUCCCCACGGAGGCGCCAUGGACACGCAUUUUGCCAACAUGAGGUCGCUGAUCCAGAUCCUGGACUCGGAGCUCUUUGAGCUGAUGCAUCAGAAUGGGGACUACACCCACUUCUACUUCUGUUACCGCUGGUUCCUGCUGGACUUCAAACGAGAACUCGUCUACGAUGACGUCUUCGCCGUCUGGGAGACCAUCUGGGCAGCCAAGCAUGUCUCGUCCGCCCACUACGUCCUGUUCAUCGCGCUGGCUCUGGUGGAAGUCUACCGCGACAUCAUCCUGGAGAACAACAUGGACUUCACGGACAUCAUCAAGUUCUUCAAUGAAAUGGCCGAGCGACACAACACCCGGCAGGUACUGCAGCUGGCCCGGGACCUCGUGUACAAGGUGCAGACCCUGAUUGAGAACAAGUAGGGGGGCGCCGCCCGCACCCAUCUCCCGCCCUCCUUUCCUCCCGCGAGCCCGGCCUGGGCGCCCGCCCUGGAGUCUGCUCAUGAACGUGGCUCCUGUGCCCAGAGAAAGGGCCCUGCUUUCGCCGUGGGCAGGUGGGUCCAGGUCAGUCCAGCCUUACGUUUUCCUGUUUGACCAAAGAUUGACCAAGCCUGAGACCUCCGACGCGGGUCUGGCUGCAGAUGGACGGAGGAGGCCUCUUCCCUCUGCCCUGUCUGUCCCCCAACCCUUCCUCAUCUGUCCAGAAGAGGUCUGGAGAGGUCUCUGGGGCUCCCACUGUGCCCUCAAAGCGGCCUUUGGAGACAUCCAAGAACAUGCUGGAAGGCUGGUCUACGGGGGCCCCUCCCACAGCGCUGUCUUGGAGGUCCGCGGGUUCCUGGUGGCGGGCUGCCCCACACAUCUAGGAUGCUGAGCGGCCUCCUCGGCUUCCACCCAGAUGCCGGGAGCUCUGUCCCCACCUCAUGCCUGUUGUGAUAAUCCCAAAUGUCCAGAACAUCCCUGGAUGUCCCCUGCAGGGCAGAAUUGUCCCCAUUUGAGAUGUCUCCGCUGCCUCCCUGUUUUGCCAAGCCAUCCUCUGUCCUGAGGCCUCCCUCAAGAAAAAGGGCGCACGGGGUCCUUCCCAGGCUCCCCUGGACUCUGGGGCUGCUCUGCUGCAUUAGCUUGUUCUCCCUCCUCAACUCGAUGCCAGGAGACACUUCUUUUCUUCUUUUCAAGAAAAGCAUCUUCCUGCAAGUAGCUGGAGUCUGAGGACUUCUGUGGGCACCAGGUCCAGGCUCUGCAGGACCCUGAGCACCUCAAGGCUGGGUGGGGUUCCCUCCCAGUGCCUCUUCCUGGGGGAGACAUCACUGGGCCUGGUGCGCAGAGGCCUGCAGGGAGACCUUUCCCUAAGCGUUCGGGGGCCGACCUUUCCCUAAGCGCUUUGUUCACUCAGGACAAAGGAGGGAAAUGAGACGGGAUUGGCCAGGGCAGAACUGGCUUCUGCUGUCCUUGGGGAGCACCUGUUGAUGAGCAGGGCCCAGGGCCAUGGCUGGGUCCAGGAAGAGUCCCCUGUGCACCUGCCCAUCAGGGGCACAGUCUACAGACGACGACGAGCUUCAGCACCUGCCCCUGCCCUCGGGCAGAGCACCUGGCCAGCUCUCCCAUCAAAGAACAGACCUGGACAGGCCAGAGAGCAGGAGGCUGGGCGGAAGCUCCUCCCACUAGACCUACUGCCUCUGGGGUCACCAAGGGCCAGCUGCAGCUUGGGAUGGGAGGAUGUGGGGAAGCAGAAUUAAGAUCUGAGAGGCUGCAGCCAGGCAGGGAGAGUCUCUCCUGCCUCCCUUCCUCCUGCUGCAUCUGUCCUCCGCCCUCCCCCAAGGGGACAGGAUGGACAGAGGCCUGGCUGCUGCCUGAGGAGAGUUCCAUGGGAGUCACCUUCGCCCCACCCUGCUCCUGCUCUGCCCCACCAUAACAGGAAGGGGAGGGGACAGCCUGGUCCCCAGCUUCCCAAGACAGAGGGGCCUGUGGGACAGAAGUGUUCUCUGCCACUCAGCAGUUCUCUAGGGGGAUGGUACUGAGCACAGCCCAGGCCCCAGGCCUCCCGAGUCCUAUUUAUUUUUUUAUCAGAAAGUCUCAAAGUACAGCACAAGAUCUCUCCUCUGCCUCCCCUGUGGCGUGCCGAGUGUCUGUGGUUGUGGUUUGGAGUGACUUUAUAUUUACACAGUUUACUUGCUCUCAUUCAGACUUCGUUGGCUGUGUGUGUCUGUGUCUGUGUGUCCUGGACCUGAACGUGAGAGACCCUGUCUGUGAGCUGCCCUCUUUUCCUUUCCCCAGUGUUGGCCACAUAUCUUGUAAAUGUUUACUGAAGAAUUGUGUCUAUAUGUGGAGAGAAAAUAUAUAUGAGCAGAGAAACAUAA